AUGUCCCCUGCUGGGUCGGCGCCAGUUGCCCGGGGCCAGCACGCUGCAGCUGCAGCCGCGCUCCUGGCCCUGGUCGGGGGCAACGGGUCGCGCAACGCGUCGCGGCCGGCGGCGGAGCCCAGCAGCCACCUGGACGUGAACACGGACGCCUGCUCCAAGGUGCUGGUGACCGCCGUGUACCUGGCGCUGUUCGUGCUGGGCACCGCCGGCAACUCGGUGACGGCCUUCGCGCUGGCCCGCAGGCGGCCGCUGCAGCACCUGCAGGGCGCCGCCCACUACCACCUGGGCAGCCUGGCCGCGUCCGACCUGCUCAUCCUGCUGCUGGCCAUGCCGGUGGAGCUGUACAACUUCAUCUGGGUCCACCACCCCUGGGCCUUCGGCGACGCCGGCUGCCGCGGCUACUACUUCCUGCGGGACGCCUGCACCUUCGCCACGGCCCUCAACGUGGCCAGCCUGAGCCUGGAGCGCUACCUGGCCGUCUGCCACCCCUUCAAGGCCAAGACCCUCAUGUCCCGCAGCCGCACCAAGAGGCUCAUCGCCGCCAUCUGGCUGGCCUCCGGCCUGCUGGCGCUGCCCAUGCUCUUCACCAUGGGCCAGCAGAACCUCAGCGCCGACGGCCGGCACCCGGGCGGCCUGGUGUGCACCCCCACCGUGGGCGCGGCCACGCUCAAGCUGGUCAUCCAGACCCGAGUUCCCAGGCGCCCCUCGCCCGCGGAGCCAUGCCCGGCCGUGGGGUUCAGGAGGCGAGAGGCCGUCGGGGAGGCGCCGGCUGACCGCGCCCCCCGCAGGUUCCUCUACGACUUCUACCACUACUUCUACAUGCUGACCAACGCGCUCUUCUACGUCAGCUCCGCGGUCAACCCCGUCCUCUACAACCUCGUCUCCGCCAGCUUCCGCCAGGUCUUCCUGUCCACCCUGGCCUGCCUGUGCCCCGUGUGCGGGCGCGGGCGCAAGGGGCCAGCCUUCCCCAGGAAGGCCAACAGCGUGUCCAGCAACCACACGCUGUCCAGCCACGCCACCCGGGAGAGCCUGUACUAG